AUGUCGGCGCUCCUCCCGGGGGGCUCCAUGUCGGAGUGGGAGUCGUGGGUGACAGAGGCGGAGGAUCAGCUCGCGACGGUUCGGGUCAUGUCUCCCGCGCCGGCCAGACCGAGCGCGCUGGGACCGGCCAGACCCGGGGCUGCUGCAAUUUUCCAAAUUGGGCCGGCCGCGCCGACGACGACGCGGCCGGAGUCCGCCGCGCGCGGGUUCGCGGACGAGCGGGAGGUCGAACAGUGGGCGGCGGCCGCGCGCAGGCUCAGGUUCGGCGAGGAGACCGUCCGCGCGGCUUCGAAGACGAGCGCGACUUUCGCAAAUCGGACGAUCGUGCCGACGUCAACGACAUUCGCCGCGACGGAGACGAACCCGUCGCCGCGUUGGAAGCCGUUCUCGCCCUUCGUCGCGCCGUCCCACGCCGCCGAGGACCGCCGCGCGGAAUCCCCCGGCGACCUCAUCGACCUCCGAACGCCCGGCGCGACGGAGAUGGAUCCCGGGGGGCGCUACGAUGACCAGAGCACGCGCCGCGACGACGACGAAGACGACGAAGACGAAGACAAAUCCGCGCUCGAGCGGUUGAACCUCGUCAACGCGAGGCUGAGCGACGCCGUCUCGUCGAGCGCGGUGAAAUCGGGCCUAGUCUCCCAAGCAGCGGGCCGGUCCCGAUACGGCGAGGACGCGGUGGCGGAGUGGUGGGCGGACUGCCACUGGAGGGCGAGGACGGUGGCGAGGUGCGCGAGGGCGUGGCGAGAAACGUCGCUCGAGAGGGUCGCGAGGGAGAGGCGGGUCCUGGCGGAGAAGGCGGCCGAGCUCGCCGCGCUGGCCCGCGCGCGGGAGCAAACCCCGCGCGCGGUGGCGAGGCGCGCCUGGAGGGCGAUGGAGGCGGCGGACAGGCGCGCGGGCAGGUCGUCGCUCUCGCCGUGUCCCUCCGCCCUCGCGCCGACGCCGACGAGGUCGAGGACGGCGCUCACCUUUGAACUCGCCGCAUCCCUCGAGCUCGCCGCGGGGAAGCCCCCGGGUUCGGGCGACGCGUUCGGCUCGCCCACGACGACGACGACGACGACGACGGCGAUGGCCGCGGGACACCGAGACGGGACGAACCCUAACCCUCACCCUCCCCCGUCGCCCCUCUCGCCGCUCAACAUCGCGGCUAUCGAACGGGAACACGAGGCGCUCAGGAACGAGGAGGAGAUGGAAUCGCUUCGCGGCGCGGACCUGUGGGACGUUCGCGACUGGAUGCGAAACCACGCCGCCGCGGCGCUCAGCGCGUGGAGGGCGGAGACGGCGCGGCACACGGCUGUGGCGUCUGCGACGGCGGCGGCGGAUGCCCGGUUCGCUCGGCGAAGGCGCGCGACGUGCCUGUCGCGGUGGGCGAGAUGGGCGGCGACGCACCGCCGGGACAGGAUCGUCACCGAGACGUACGCGGCGCGAAACCGUCGGAGGACCAAGGGCAGGCUCCUGUCCAGGUGGCGCGACAAGGUGGCGUGCGGUAAGAGCGUGCGCGAGAGCGUGGCUUUUGCGUUGGAGCAGUAUCGCCGAAGGGGUUUGCUCCCGGCGUUUACGCAGUGGAGAGUGUACGCGGCGGAGGAGCGAACGAAAGGGGAGGAGGCGGCGACACGAUGGUUCCGCGUGUGCGCCGGGUCGAUGCUGCAGCAGUGGCGUCGUUUCGCCGCCGACACGCGACGCGAGCGGGAGUGGCUCGAGUUCGCGGAUUCCGGGUGGAGGCGCAAGGUGCUGAGCCGCUCGCUCGGCAACUGGGCACGCUUCGCCGACGCCGCCAUCGCCGCCGGCGAAGAGGCGGAGGCCAGGGCGACCGCGCGGAUGGCGCGGAUCACGCGGGCGGCCUUCGCCGAGUGGCGUCGCCGCGCCGCGCACAUCGCCGCCUCGUACGAGCUCGUCAGACUGGCGUGCCUGCAGUGGCGACACGAGCGAGCGUCCGCCGCUUUUCGCACCUUCGUCGACGCGGGGAAAAGUCACCGGGCGCUUCUCGACGCCGUGGGAGCGGACGCCGACGUCGCACACGUCGCCAGGCGGUUCGCGACGUGGAAAAACGCGGUCGCGGUGGCGCUCGCCGAGUACGGCCCCGCGAUGGACGCCAUGCUCGCGUUUGUCCGACGCGUCCGACUCAGGCGGACGAUGCGAGCGUUUCGGGCUCAUUUUGUCGAGUCGCGGGACAUCGCGGCGGAUCGAUUCGACGUCAUGACGCGGAGGAAGCGCGCGAGGGUGUACGACGCGUGGUGGCACGUCACCGCGGCGACGGCGAGGUUCAACGCGGGGGCGCUGGCCAAGUCCGCGGGGAUGAGGCGUCGGUUUCAGACGCGGACGGCGAUGCUCAAGCUUUUGAGGUCGACGACGGCGCAGCGCGGACACAGGGACGCGCUCCACGUCCGGGCGGAGGGCAUGGACGCGCGGGGACGGUGCGUCCGGACGAUGGUGCUCUGGUCCGCCAACGCGCGCGACGUCGUCCGCGCGAGGAAUCAGUGGAUGGCGGCGGUGCGCCAUCGCGACGUCAAGAUUCUGAGGGCUUGGGUGGAGUGGCGCCGCGAUAUUCGCGUCACCUUCGCCGAGCGCAAGAGAACUUCGGGCAGAAACGCCAUGCGACGGGUGGCGAUCACGUUCGCCGUGUGGUACGAGUUCAUGCGGGAGAUGCGAUCGCUUCGUCGACCCAUGCUCAAGUACAUCGAGUCGCAGCAGCAGACGCAGGGCGGGGUUUGGCACGGGGGGCGAUUCAUCGGCCCGGGGACCACCCCGGCGGAGAAGGCGAGGCGACUCGCGCUGGCCAGAUUGAAGGCGCGGCGACGACUCGACACGCACGUCAAGUUCGCGAACCACUCUCUGUCUUACGUCGGCCCCUGCAUCGAAGCGGCGGCUCGUUCGAGGUGCGGCAGGAUGAUGAAGCACCUUCGCGCGAGGCCGGAUUUCGACUCGGUCGCCGACUGGUACGGCUUGAGGUGGGAAAACAUGAUGGAGAACAAGUACCUGUUCGCCUGGACGGGAGUGGGGUUUUAUUCCGGAACGGACCUCGGCACGAGCGCCGUCGACGUCGACGUCGACACCGAGCCGGGACCGAGCGGGGAGGCUUUCGACGAGUCCGCGGAGCCGUCCCCCGUGGAAAAGUUUGACGCCGCCGCCGACGACGAAUCGGCGGUGUACCUCGAGCCCCUCAACCUGGACGGAUCGAGGCGACUCGCCGACGCGGCGGACGCGUCAUCGAUCGACGGGACGUCGUUCUACGUCACGCCGGCGAUGACCCCGGCCGCCUCGCCAGCGCCGAAGCCCCCGGGAUGGUUCAAUCCCGGCUUAACCCACGACGCCGGAGUCGACGCGAGGCUCGGAGCCGGCGCCCAUAGUCCGAGGGCCCACGAGACGAAAGACGCGAUCCGCAGGCUCAGGGACGUGGCCGCGCUGGCCCGAGGCGCGACGGAGGCUGGGGGCGUCAGCGUGACGUGGUCGCCUUCGAAGCCGCCGAUGGCGUCGCCCGCGUCGAGGCCGAGGUUGCCGCUGGAGAUCGUCGCCGAGGCGUCGGUUGAGCCGUCGGUUGAGCCGUCGGUUGAGCCGCCGCCGCCGCCGCCGCCUUCGAAGACUCUGCCGGCGCCGCGCGCGGACCCGAAGAGCAGGAGUCAACUCGAGGCGGAGAGGGCGGCCCAGGAGAGGGAGCGCAAGCUCGCCAAAAGGAAAACGAAGGGUAAGUAGCGGUACCCGUAGAGAAGAAUGUCAACGCACACCUCGACGCGGGC